AGACACACAGCCUCCUGUCAUUUGGUAGUUGCAGACCCUGAGUCCUUUUGUUCACUUCUGCUACUCCUGACUCGAGAUAACGUUGUGUGCUGGUCAGUGGCUGGGACUGGUCUUAACAUUUCAGUAUUGUAAAUAGUCUUUGAGCCACCAUGGCAACAGCUAAAGCGGUUUCAUACCGAUCCCAAGAAAAGCACACCAGUCAAACUUCUCAAAGCUUUAAAACCUCAACUUCAACUACAAAGAGGAAGUUCAAAUCCAGUGAUGAAGACUUUGCCAGUAUAACGCCCCCUAAACUGAUUACAGCCGAUGUAUCUUCAAGCCACAUUUCUUCACAGAAACAGAGUUCUUCCUCAGAAUCAAGUGAUACAGUCAGAAAGAAGACAUCUAGGGCAUGGAAGAAGGAAGUGGGCAAAACGACUCUUUUUGGCAAUGAUCUGCAAAAGCUGGAAGAAGGGCUCAGCAGAGCAACAAACUACAUGCUUAUGACAACAGAUCGGAAAGCACUGCAUCAGAUAGCAGAGGAAAGAGCCCAGGAAGCCAAGGAUUUCAUUGAACUGUGCUCUGCUCGCCCAGCUAGUUUUGACAUUCCUCUUCGACCCCACACUGUUUGGGAACGAAUGGCAGUGAAGCUUGCCUGCGUCGUUCAAGGAUCUCCUCUCCCUGACGCCAAAUGGUAUAAAGAUGGAAUUCAGAUACGACCUUCAAUCACUCCUGGAAAAUACAGAAUACAGAACAAAUACGGCUUACAUUCACUGGAGAUAGCCAGAUGUGACCUGGAUGAUUCUGGUGAAUACAGCAUAACAGUAUCAAAUGCUUAUGGUGAAGCCACAUCAUAUGCCAAUGUGUUGGUCAACAGCUACGAAGGAACAUAUGCAGGAGCAGAUGAAGAAAAGUUUCCAACUGCCAUGCUGGAAACUGAAGCAGACUUUGCUAAAGUGUUCCUGCCUUCCUUUCCACAAGAGCUGGAAUCAUACUUCCUCUCCUGCACCUUCUCCUCCCCAUUGCCAAAAUAUCAACAGAAUGUCCAGUGGUUCCGAAAUGGAAUGCCGCUAAAAGAAUCCAAGUGGCUACAGAUGGAGCAAACACAACAGUCAGCUUUCUUGAUCUUUCCUUCUGUGCACAAGGAAGAUGAAGGCCUGUAUACCAUCCGUAUACCAACUCUGACAGGCUAUAAAGAACACAGUGCCUAUGUGUUUGUACGAGAUGCAGAGGUGUCUACAGCUGGAGUGCCUGGGUCCCCGCUAGAUGUGAAAUGCCAUGAUGUCAACAAGGAUUAUCUGUUUCUUUCCUGGUCACCACCAAGCACUGAUGGAGAGACCAACAUUAUUGGUUACUAUGUUGAAAGAUGUGAGGCUGGAACUAACCAAUGGCUCAUGUGUAAUGACCGCCCUGUGAAAGAGUGCAAGUUUCCUGUUGGUCACCUCACUCCUGGUCAUGCCUAUCAGUUCAGAGUGCGGGCAGUCAAUCAGAGGGGCAUGAGCCAUCCUUCAAAGGUUACAAAGCCGGUCACCAUGGUCGAUCCCAAGGAAGCUGAUAGGACAAUGGUUAUCCCGUUAGAUGAUAUGAAGACCAUUACAGUUACAAAGGAUGAGCUGGAAGCUGAAGUUACAGUUCCUUUGCCUCCUACCAAUGUUCAUGCAGCAGAGAAAAAAGAUUCAUAUGUCGUCCUCUGCUGGGAUGAGCCAGUUCCACGAGGAAGAGAGCCUCUGACAUAUCUUAUAGAAAAGUCUUUACAUGGAAGUAAGAGCUGGCAACUAGCCAACAUGGACAUUCCAGUGCAUUCCCCAAGAUUUGUAGUUUCUGACCUCGCUGAAGGGAAGCAGUACUCUUUUAGGGUACGUGCUGAGAAUAAACAUGGAAUUAGUGAACCUUCACUGCCCAGUGAACCCAUCUCCCUGGGAAAAAUAUCAGCUCCUCUACCCCCACCAAAGAAAGUCGUGGCCUAUAGAGACACUAAAACAUCAGCAGUCGUACGUUGGGACAAGCUAAAGGAUGCAGAUGAUUGCCUUGGCUACUAUGUUUACUGCUGUGAGUGUGGGACAAAUGACUGGAAGACAGUCAACAACAAACCAGUGACAUCGGACAGGUAAGAUUUCUUGUAAUAAAUGUCAAAACA